AGUAGCAUAAUCAAGAAAAGAAGUAUAAGUAGUCAAUCAACAUCUUAAUCAAUCUACAAGCAACACUAUCAUCAAGCAGACUUUCAACUUUUGGGGUAUCGUUCUACUAACAACAUCAUUCCACAAGAGUACAUCUAAUCCAGCAUCAUGCUGUUGUUAUUCAUGAUACAUCUUGUUGAUGUUUUAUUCGUCUUUGGAAGUCCAUUAAAAAAUGAAUAUGCAGACAACGGUUGUUCCCCGUCCAUAAGAUAUAAAGACGACAAUCCUAAUGGACUACAACCAUUGGUUCUAACACGAGAUGCUACUGUAUCGAAAAUACUUUAUCCUCAAAAAAAUAGAAUGUUAAAAGUGCAAACAGGUCAAUCAAUUUAUUUGGAAUGUCCUGGUGACAAAAAUUUUGUUAGACCAAAUACAAAUCUCAAGGAAGUUAAAGCUACUUGCGUAGGGAAUAAUAUGUUUAACGUUAAUGGUGAAAAUAAAAAUUUCUCUGCUAUAACGUGUAGUUAUGUACCAGAGGACAUAGCAAGGCGUACAAAUUCAUGGUGUUACGACAACAAAAGUACUUACGUUGAAAUUGGUUUCAACUUGACUACCAAUUUUCUUCCUUUAAUUAAACUAUGUUACAAUGAAGAAACCUACAUUACUUACUAUGCGAAAUUUAGGAUGACGAAAUGGAUCGGUGAAACGCAAAAAUGUUGUACGAGAAGGCAAUUUGUGAAAGGAGAUUUUUUUGGAAACAUAAAUAUAAACAACCAAUACCAAAUCACAACUCAACGUGACACACUCACGAUACUAUUGAAUUCAAGAGAAUGGGUUGAGUCCAAUAUAAAUACAUCACAGUGUCUGACACGUGGACAUUUGGUGGCAAUGAAUUAUUUCGUUUACAAUUCAAUGCAAUUGUCGACUUUUUGGUUUAUAAAUACUGCACCUCAAUGGUCUUCUUUCAAUUCUGGCAACUGGAACAUACUCGAAAAUAAUGUCAGAGCUUUAGCAUCUAAUCGUUCUUUAGAUCUCGAUGUUUAUAUUGGUGUACACGGUCAAAUGACUUUGCCGAAUUUUAAUAAGACAGAGACACCUAUAUAUCUCUACGUCAAUGGCACAACCAAAGCACUUCCCGUUCCCAAGUUCUUUUGGAAAAUAAUCUACGAUCCACAAAGUAAGAAGGGUACUGCAUUCGUUGGUUUGAAUCAUCCCUUUAUCAAGUCGAUCACAAAAGAUAUUUACAUAUGCAACGAUAUCAGUUCGACGAUCAAUUGGCUCACCUGGGAACCUAGGAAUAUCAGAAAAGGUAUCUCUUAUGCGUGUACCGUCGAAGAUCUACGUAGAGCAGUACCAACUAUUCCUAAAUUGACAACGUCCGGUGUUUUAACCUAAGAAUCGAUACGAAUAAUUUCAAAAUAUAUGAAACAUUAAAGAGGUAAUAUCUACUCUAUUAGAGUUACGUUCGAUUAUUUCCUUUGAUCUUUGACACGUGCCGACUACUUCCUAUGUUAACAUGCUAACGUCUUACAAAUCUAAUUCCCCUCCAAUGUUAUUAU